ACUCCCCUGGCUGCGGCGGGACUGGGAGUCUGAGGGGUGAGGCAGGGGCAGAUCCUAUGAAGAAACUCUGGGGACAGAGGGAGGCGUGAAUGCACUGCUCCGCGGAGUACAUGCCAGCAUAUGAUUGAGUGUUGAGCAGAGUGCUGUAGCACAGUUUGAGGCAGUACUUCCUGGGAUCAGUGGAUGUAAUUUAACUUUUACCUGUGCUCCUUGUGCAGCUGAUCUGCUGGACCCUGCAGAAAAAAAGUUUGGAAGGAAACAAACCAACCCUUCAAACAGCAAUCUGUGUAAACUCUCAAGUCUCAUUCACAGUGUCAAAAGCAGGUGUCAACAUGUUGGAGCAGGUUCUGUCAUUUGGCCGCUCCCUGGUGCGCAGGAAAAUGGUGGACCUGAGCAACCUGGAGGACUCAAAGCUGUGCCGCUGCCUGGGAACCGUUGACCUCAUUGCCCUUGGAGUGGGCAGCACUCUGGGUGCUGGCGUCUAUGUCUUAGCUGGUGAGGUGGCAAAGGGAGACUCAGGCCCCAGUAUUGUCAUCUCCUUCCUGAUUGCUGCCCUGGCCUCUGUUAUGGCCGGGCUGUGUUACGCUGAGUUUGGUGCACGUGUCCCAAAGACUGGCUCUGCUUACCUUUAUAGCUAUGUGACAGUGGGAGAGAUCUGGGCCUUCAUCACUGGCUGGAAUCUCAUCCUCUCUUAUGUUAUUGGAACCUCCUCAGUUGCCCGAGCUUGGAGCGGCACAUUUGAUGAAAUGAUAGGAGGACACAUAGAGGUUUUCUGUAAGACUUACUUCAGCAUGAACUCUCCCGGCUUGGCUCAGUACCCUGACUUCUUCGCUGUCUGCCUGAUUCUGCUGCUCUCCGGACUCCUAUCAUUUGGGGUGAAGGAGUCGGCCUGGGUCAACAAAGUCUUCACUUCAAUCAAUGUGCUGGUUCUCUUGUUCGUCAUCAUCUCUGGCUUUGUCAAAGGAGACACAAGCAACUGGGAGAUAUCAGAAGAAUCUCUCAUAAAUGUCACCAUAGUAAAGAGGAAUCUUUCAGUGACGGCCAACGUGAGCAGCGAUUAUGGAGUGGGAGGAUUUAUGCCCUUCGGCUUCAGUGGAACCUUGGCUGGAGCUGCUACCUGCUUUUACGCCUUUGUGGGGUUUGACUGCAUUGCAACUACAGGUGAGGAGGUGAGGAACCCUCAGAGAGCCAUUCCUAUCGGCAUCGUGGUGUCCCUGACGGUGUGUUUCCUGGCAUACUUUGGUGUGUCAGCUGCGCUCACACUCAUGAUGCCCUACUACCUGCUUGAUGAGAAGAGCCCUCUGCCUAUGGCGUUUGAAUAUGUGGGCUGGGGUCCUGCUAAAUAUGUGGUCGCUGCAGGUUCACUGUGUGCGCUCUCCACCAGUCUGCUGGGUUCCAUUUUCCCCAUGCCUCGUGUAAUCUAUGCUAUGGCACAGGAUGGGGUGCUUUUCAAAGCCUUAGCACGAAUCAAUCCUAAGACGAAGACCCCACUUAUUGCCACUAUGACUUCCGGUGUAGUCGCAGCCAUCAUGGCCUUCCUGUUUGACCUCAAAGCGUUGGUGGACAUGAUGUCCAUUGGGACUCUGCUGGCCUACUCGCUGGUCGCUGUGUGUGUACUCAUUCUCAGAUAUCAGCCUGAUGGAACUAUGGAGGGGCGACCAAGCUCUGGAGAGAAGGAAUUCCUGUCCUCUGAGGAGGGCGAGUCUGAGCUGACCGAGUCUGAGUCUCACCUCCACAUGCUGAAGGGCGGCAACCCCACCAUUCAGGCUGUUCUGCACCCUCCUGUCUCCCCCUCUGAGCAUUCCUCCAGCGUGGUCAACAUGAGUAUCAGUGUGCUAGUGUUGCUGGUGUGCGGGAUGAGCUAUCUCACCACAUACUACAUCGACUGCAUCCUUGGUUUGGAAGUGUGGAUCUUGGCGUCGCUGUCUAUUUGUCUCCUCAUGUUCAGUGGCUGCACCUUCAUGAUCUGCAGACAGCCUCAGACAAAAAAGAAGGUCUCCUUCAUGGUACCGCUUCUGCCUUUUCUGCCCAUUCUGAGUAUUUUUGUCAAUAUUUACCUCAUGGUCCAGCUGAGUGGAGACACAUGGAUACGUUUCUCUGUGUGGAUGGCUGUGGGCUUCCUGAUCUACUUUGGCUACGGCAUGUGGCACAGUCUGGAGCGUCAACGAAAACUCCAGGGUCCUCCAAACAGCAGCAGUACAAAGGAAAACAAAACGAGCAGCCGGGAGCAGCAGGCUGGUACAGACGCAGCUGAGAAGGACCAGGAGCGUUUCAUCUGUCCAGAAAAGACCAGUCAGUGUUAAAAAGCACCAGCUCACUUACUGACUCUGUGAGGACACAGGUGCAUAAAAGCACACAGCAGCUCUGCCUUGAUGCACCUGUUUCUACAGCCUCACUCGGGGUGCAGCAGUCACAAGCACAUUCAGUCUGCAAAGGACCGUCAGUAUUUAGUAUUAGCCGCCUGAAGAGGAGCUGCUCUAUCACUUCUGUGGAACCUCAUCUUAUGUUGAGCUUUAUGGACAGCACGGGGGCAGAUUUAAGGACAGGUAACACACUGGAGAGUGAUGUUCAUUUCCCUUAUGAAUGAAGAACUGUGUCAAAGUUUCCUGUCUCAUUCUGGGGACUUGGAUGUGUUUUUACAUGACACACUUUAGUCUCUUAUUUUAUACAUUUGAAGCAGGCUUGUAAAAGUGAUUUUCUUUAUGCUAGAAUAAACCUAUGAAAUGUGUGAAGGUAAUGAAGGGACAUUACAGAUCCUCUUAGGAUGUCCAAAUAUUACCAGCUAUGUUACUUUGUGGUGAAAGUACUUACAUAUCUUUGACAUAAGUAAGAGAGGACCAACAUUAAGUAUAUUUUUAAAAAAUGUGUUGUGCAUUAAUGAGAAUUUGUGAUAAUUGUAUAAAAGCAAUAUAAAGAUGCUGCCAUAUUUAGACUAAAUUGUUUUGUAGGCACUUAACACGUCAUGACUCAGCUGACCUAUAUCCGAGCUCUGAGAGUAGGUCAAGUGCUGUUUGCAUGUUUCUAGUUUUUAUGUAAUAGAACAUAUCCGUCUUCACUGAGGUGUCAGUAACUGUUGUGGUACUUUUAUUCAUCACAGCUUUAUUCCUCCAUUUAUCUCUUCUGUGUGUCUAAUCUGUGAACUGAUAUAAUCCAAAUAUGAAGAGUGUUAUUUGAUACAGAGCUCUACUCAAA